AUGGCAACGACAGCUCUGACUGGGUUUUCUAUGAUGAGCCUCUUCAGCCUCGGGUAUCUGACCUGGGACAUGAUGAGUCCUAACCAGGUGGAAAACGAGCCUGAUCUAACUUAUGUUGACAGGUCUCCUAUCCCACAGCCUCCUCACAUCAUCUUCAUCAUGACAGACGAUCAGGGAUUCAAUGACAUUGGCUAUCACAGCUCUGACAUCAGGACGCCAGCAUUGGAUAAACUGGCUGCAGAUGGAGUGAAACUGGAGAAUUAUUACAUCCAGCCUAUCUGUACCCCGUCUCGAAGUCAACUCAUCACUGGCAGGUAUCAAAUCCACACUGGCUUGCAACACUCCAUCAUCCGGCCCCGCCAGCCCAACUGCCUGCCUUUCGACCAGGUCACCCUCCCUCAGAGACUGCAGGAGCUCGGCUACUCCACCCACAUGGUCGGCAAGUGGCACCUGGGCUUCUACAAGAAGGAGUGCCUACCCACCCGCCGUGGCUUUGACACAUACUUCGGCUCCUUAACGGGCAGUGUGAACUACUACACCUAUGACUCCUGUGACGGCCCUGGGCUUUGUGGCUUUGACCUGCAUGAGGGGGAGUCAGUCGCCUGGAAUCAGGGGGGCAAAUACUCCACCCAUCUCUACACCCAGAGAGUCCGCAAGAUCCUGGCAACCCAUGAUCCUCAGUCCCAGCCGCUAUUCAUCUUCCUCUCCUUCCAAGCUGUUCAUGCGCCACUGCAGUCCCCGCGGGAGUACAUUUAUCCGUACCGUGGGCUGGGAAAUGUGGCGCGCAGGAAAUAUGCUGCUAUGGUUUCAGCUGUAGAUGAGGCAGUUCGGAAUAUAACGUACGCCCUCCGCAAAUACGGGUACUACCAGAGUGUCAUCAUCUUCUCCACAGACAAUGGGGGUCAGCCUUUGUCCGGUGGAAACUGGCCACUGAGAGGACGCAAAGGCACCUACUGGGAAGGUGGCAUCCGAGGAUUGGGUUUUGUCCAUAGUCCACUGUUGAGAAAAAAGAGGAGGAUUAGUAAAGCCCUUGUACACAUCACUGACUGGUACCCAACUUGUGGAUUAGCAGGUGGCAAUGAGUCCCUGACAGAGGGGUUGGAUGGGUAUGAUGUUUGGGAGGCUAUCAGUGAGGGUAAGGAGUCACCCAGGUUGGAGAUCCUCCACAAUAUUGACCCUCUGUACAACUAUGCACGCAGUGGUUCACUGCAAAAAGGAUUUGGGAUUUGGAAUACAGCUGUACAGGCCUCAAUACGAGCCGGAGACUGGAAACUCCUUACAGGAGACCCAGGCUAUGGAGACUGGACACCCCCACAGAUGCUUCCAGGCUUCCCCGGCAGCUGGUGGAACUUGGAGCGCCCCAUCGUGCCCAGGAAAUCGGUGUGGCUUUUCAACAUCUCUGGAGACCCCUAUGAACGUUUUGACCUUUCCGAACAGAGAGAAGAUGUAGUCAAAGAGCUGCUAGCUAGGUUGGUGUACUAUCGCACUGCUGUGCCGGUAAGGUACCCCUCAGAGGACCUACGGGCAGACCCCCACUUGAAUGGAGGUGCCUGGGGACCCUGGGUAGGAGAUGAGGAGGAGGACAGCUGGGACAGUGUGUACAAGACAGAGAAGAAAGACCGGAAGAAGAAUCUUAAAUUCUCCAAAAGCAGGUCGUUUUUCAGAAGACUUAACACAAGGAUUAUGUCAAACAGGAUAUAGAAAGGACGCAGCUGAAGAGGGCUCAGGGGAGAGACACUCUUAAAGGAGAAGUUCAUGAAUACCUCUGUGGGUUUUUGAAGAAGCUGUAUUUUUGUCUUUGUUGAACAAAGAUAAAAGCUUCUGCAAGGUCCACUUUGACUACUAAGUAGGAGGUGCAUGUGUUGGUUCACUUCCUGAUUCAUGUUGAAGUUGCCCCUGUCUCAAAGUCCUUUCCUUAAAUCAAAUUGCAUUGCUUUAUUUGGUGAUUAUAAUCCUUUUUGUUGA